AUGUCGAUCGCGGGCCCGGGUGUUCUGAUCUACCUGAACCUGAUCGCGUCACUGCCACCCGGUGCCCCCGUCCCGCCCGAGUACAUCAACCCGUGCCUGAGCGCACCCACCACGACUCCGACGGCGGCCCCGACAACCACCGUCGGACUACCGGGUGCACAGGCUCCGGGCGGUGGCCCGAACGUCGGCGCGAACGCGCCGACGAACUUCCCCGCUUACAACGGCACCCCCAUCGUCCCCGUCCCCGGCGCCGCGCUGCCUGGACAGCCGAAUACGCCGACACCAUCUGGUAUCGAGAACCCUGCAGGAGUCCCGGUUCCGACGACCACCAGCGGACCUGCCCCGACCACACCCCAACCCGCUGGAUCGACCGCACCCACAGCGGUCCCCGAUCGUGGUCCCGGACCUGUUCCCUCUGGAACGCCGAAUAGUGCUCCCGGGCAAUCGGAAUCAAAUCCCACGGUCACCCCUCGGGGCUCGACAAAGGCGACGGCCGUGACCGUCACCGUCUUCGACGCGGACGGAAACCCGAUCUCGGUCGUCGCAGCUCCGUGGGCGUACGACGCCAACGGCAAUCCUGUUCCCACCGACUACGAAGUUCGCGACGGCCGCCUGAUUCAGACGGUGUACGCCGACGAAGCGACCGCGUACCCGAUUUUGGCUGAUCCGCCGGAAAAGAAGGCGAAAGCACCCACCUCUGUCGCUUCGAAACAAGUCCAGAAAAAUACGAACACCGCCGCACCCAAGCCGAAUUCGAUGACCUCGCGCACAAGUCCGCAGAAACCGCAGAACAGUGGAAACACGAACUCGGGCAACACUUCCCGGAGCCACGAACAGCGGCACCACCGCUGUCCACGUCAACAAGCUGCGAACCAGCUUGCCGAAGCGCACGGGGACGUGCCUGCCGGGUUCACCGGCAAUGUGCCGAUCCCGCCAGAUCCGAACGCGCCCGACGACCGAUCGUUCCCGCAAAAGUAUGGGACACCGCUCCCCGUGCACGAUGCCGCCGUCGAUCCGUUCGGCUUCAAUCGCGGCCAACGAGCACAACCUUCACCAGAGCAUUCUCCGGCUGAGAUCGCUGCCGCAGCAGCAAAUAUCGUCUCCCUCAUUCCGAUCGAUUCGCAGGCUGACGGUCCAGACGUCUUCGCCUUCGAGGGUGGCCAUCCAUUUGCCCUGAUCGCCGAUCACGACUACCUCGCCUACCGCAUCCCAGAGGAACACAACCACAUCCUUGAUGAUUCCAGGGGUGUGGCGUGUGAUCGCAUCCACGCCCUACGUGAUACCGCAGCCGGCGAGAACGAUCUACUCGAGUUCGUCGAUCCCGACCAUCGUUUUCGUCCCUGCAAAAAGUCUGCCCGGGAUAGCGUCGCCUGUUCAACACUCGGCGACGAACGUGGCCUACGGGAACUGAAAUCAUGCUCCGCCCCGCCACAGGAAGAGCGAAGCAUCGGUCCGACGGCGGAGGGUAUUACCAGUUCUGACACGAAGAAGAACUGCCUG